AUGGCGCUACCUGCGGGCCACUGCGCACACUGCUGGGCCCAACAUGUUGCAAUAAGAGGAUACCCAUUCAAUGUUCUGUCGGAAAAGAGCCUAGCCCCACUCGAGCAUUCUGCGGUCCUCAGUUUGGCUUUGAUAGAUGCAAACAUCACUGAUGUGGAGAAGAACACAUUUUCUGGGUUUUCCAGUCUCAGAACACUGUCCCUAGAUUCUAACAGGUUGGCAUCCGUCAAACAGACCUGGUUCGCUGGCUUGAAGAAGCUUGUGCGGCUGACUUUGUCCAACAACAACAUCAGGCAGAUAGAGCCAAGGAGCUUCGUGCACUUAGAUCUCCUAUUUUUCUUAGAUCUAGAGAGCAACCUGUUACACGAUGUAGACCCUGCCUGGUUUAAUGGACUAAAAUAUAGAAUGCUGCACAUGAACAUGAGUUUAAAUCCAAUCCAUACCAUUUCCCGUGGAUCAUUCCAACUCACAAAGCUGCGCAGUUUAGAUCUGAGUGGAACUGAUGUGUCAUGUUUGGAUGAAGAUGUGUUCCGGGGACAGUCUUGGUUGAAUAGGCUCCAUGUCGGCAGUGGCCUGCUGUCAUCUGUCAAUGAUGCAAAGCCGCAUGAAUUGACGUGGAGCCUACUUCGGUUAGCCAGUACAAAUAUCAGGAAAGGGUCAGUAAAACUAUCUGUCGCAGUGCCCAGAUUCCUCUUCUGUGUCAGCCACAAUACAGAUACUGACCACUCUAUCAACCUUACACACUACUCUGAAUAUACAGACAAAGAACACACAUCUUCAGAACAGGGGGACAACUCUACGCUGCAGGAUGGAACAACCACGUGCGCGCCGGUGCAUGUAUCAGAGCAGAUAGAGGUGCCUCCAGCAACAGAUCAUGUUCUCAUAUCUGUUGUUGUCUCGGUAGUGGCCGGUCUGGCUGUGUCGUCUAUUGCAGUGUUGGUAUGGAAGAUGUGCUUAGUAAGAACGAGAGAGGAUGACCGGCCCACCGACAGUGCACAGGUUUGGACAAUCCCGCGUGGGGUUGCCUUCCCCGGCUUGCUUCGGUCUGCUUCCCUCCCUGCUGGCUCAAGCAGGACGGCGUCGCAUGGCGUAGUUUCCUAUACGUCAAUGCCCACUCUCCUACAAUCCAUGGAACCUGCUUCAUGUGAGAUCUCAUUUGACAGGAGCAUUGCUCAGAGGACUCUGCCUCGCCCCCCAAACGUGUACUGGGAGGUCCCAGAUGACGACAUAUCCGUAGCCGGCGUGGUACGGUCAGCUUCCCUCCCUGCACUGAGUACCAGUGGCAGUACGGUCGCCCCAGACGAUGCGGCGUCCUGCAGGUCAUUGUCGGCUGUUCUCCCGUCCACUGAACCCACCUAUAGUGAGAUCCCAGAUCACAUGGCCGCUGCACAGCAUCCUCUGCCUGUCUCACAUACCUACAGUGAGGUCCCUGAUGAUGAGGAGAGUGUAGGCAUACCUUUCUAUGCUGAUGCUGCAGAGAUUUUGCUUCAGAUUGUCACAAGCCGGGUUCAAAAUGGACAGGCCUACCAGGAUAUCACAACUAGAGGAUCCAUAACGACAUACGGAUCUCCUGAGAUCAAUAACGCUACUAGACAAGCCCCCGAUGCCCAGGGUAUAAGAGCCCAUAUAAAUCUUUCAAGUAGGAAAGCUUUGGUAUCCCAUGUGCAUGCUACCGACCAAAGUGUGAGGACUUACGUCAACGUCACAGAUGAGAUUCUGUCAAGAGGUCAAAAGAUCACCGGGGCUCAUGUCGCCGUUCUCACAUUCCCUCGUGCCUACUGGCAGAUCUCAGGGGAGGGUUCCCGUAUCACACCACGGCGUGCAUCCCUCCCCCUCGUCACACUACCUAUUACCAAGGAGCUUCAGGGGCUCCAUAACACUACACGGCGUGCGGCCCUCCCCACCGGCACACUACAUUACACCUCCUGGCUGAGGGCGAUCCCAGGGGAGGGGACCCGAAACAUGGCACGGCGUGCGUCCCUCCCCACCGUCACACCAUCUAACACCUACUGGCCGUGGGGGAUCCCAGGGGAGGGAACACAUUACGUCACACAAAGUCGUGCUUCGCUCCCCACCGUAACACUGCCUAACACCUACUGGCCAUGGGAGAUCCCAGGGGAGGGAACCCGUAACACACCACGGCGUGCGUCUCUCCCCACCGUAACACUACCUAACACCUACUGGCCAUGGGGGAUCCCAGGGGAGGGAACACAUUACGUCACACAAAGUCAACCUUCACCUACUAAAUAUCACCUCUAA